CGGCAUCAAAACAGAACAGUGGUUUGCAAGGUUGGCUUUAAGCUGAGAUUAGUAUGAUCAGAAGAAUUGUGGGGAAAACUCUGGGCUUGUUAGGAUACACCAUCCAAUAUGGCUGCAUAGCGCACUGCGCUUUCGAAUACAUCGGAGAAGUCGUUAUAUGUUCUGGGCCCUCAAUGGAACCAACCAUACGGAAUUAUGAUGUUCUGCUCUGCGACAAUUUAAGCCGACACUUCUUUUCAAUCCAUAAGGGUGAUAUCAUAGUUGCCAAAAGCCCAGACAAGCCAAGCGUUAACAUCUGCAAGAGAGUCAUUGGACUGGAAGGCGACAAAGUUUGCAUGAGCAGCCCAUCGGCACUACUCAAAAGGCACACUUACGUCCCCAAAGGUCAUGUUUGGUUAGAAGGUGAUAAUCUAGACAAUUCCACCGAUUCCAGAAGCUAUGGGCCGGUCCCCUAUGCGCUGAUCAGGGGUCGUAUCUGUCUGCGGGUAUGGCCGCUGGAGUCUUUUGGGCCACUGAAGGAAAGUCCAAAUGGCCGGAUACAAGAUAAUUGGCCAUAACCUAUAUUUUAUAUUUAAAAUUUUAGUAAUUUAUGAUAAUUUUUUUUUCUUAGUUUAUUUACAAUAAAUCUUUUUAAUUUUUUUUUCCUGUGGUCUGUUUAUUCUUUAAAAUGCAACUUAGACGUAUCUGAGUUUGUUCCAAUAACUAAUGAUUAAAGGGGAACUCCGAUUUCCGAACCAAAAUUUGUUAAAGAGCCCCACACGACACAAAAAUACCUGUCACUGUAAUCUGUUCCUUCAAAAUGUAUGAAUAAAUACCAUUUUAUAAGCUGAAA